AUGAAACUUGCCUGUAAGAUCGUGCUUCUGAUUUCGGUGGUGGCGUGCUUGGCCCGAGCCGAGUCAUCGCAAGACAACGAGGAAACCAUGGUCGAUGCGCUCAGAAGAAUAUACCGAAGAUGUCUCAACGACGAGGCCCCUCUGUCCUGCGCCAAACCCAAAGUACUGAAGUACCUGAGCGACGCCACUCAGCAGGACAAAGUCCCCAUCACCGAGGAUCUGUUCAUUCUGCGCUCGAGGAGUCUUCCGAUCGACGACGUGGACGAGUUCGAGUACUCGUCCCAGGACUCCAUCGAGCUGUCGAAGAGGAAGUUUUUGCGCGCCCUCAUGCUGGAAAAGCUCGACUCGUACCUGUCUAGUCACACCUUGGAGGCGAGACUGCCGCGGGCCAUCGUCGACUCGGACAUCGUGCCGCGAUCGCUGGUCGAGUCCGUGCCUACAAGCAUCGCCGUUCCCCUCAGCGACGCUCCGGUUGAAAAUGGCAAAGGCCGUGGCUUCGUGAAGAAAGUCAUGAUACCAUUUCUGCUGGGACUGAAGUUCAAGGCUACGGCCCUGGUGCCGCUGGCCUUCGCCCUCAUCGCCAUGAAGACGUGGAAGGCCCUGACCCUGGGUCUGCUCUCGCUCGUGCUCAGCGGCGCCAUGCUCAUCUUCAAGCUCACCAAGCCCAAGGUCGCGUACGAGGUCGUCCACCUCGGCCAUCCGCCGGUCGAGCAUCCGCCCCACUGGGACGUGGCCGCCCACGCGCCCUACAGAGCCUACCGAAAAUAA